AUGACGCAGUACAUAGCUGGUGCCGCACUGACCCUGCGCUCCAACCAAGCUCCAACUCUGCUCCAACGCGACCACUUCCCAUCAAUCUUCCCAUCAUCUACCCAUACUACACACACACACCACACAAUGUCCUACGAAGUCAAGACAGUCACCACCAAGCCCCACCCGGGUCAAAAGCCCGGCACGUCCGGUCUCCGCAAAAAGGUCAAGGUCUUCCAACAGGAGCACUACACCGAGAACUUUGUGCAGGCCAUCCUCUCCGCUAUGCCCGGCGGGGCCGAAGGCAAGACCCUCGUCGUUGGCGGUGACGGACGUUUCUUCUCCCCCGAGGCCGUCCAGAUCAUCCUCCGCUUGAGCGCCGGAAACGGCAUCAAGAAGAUCAUCCUCGGCAAGGACUCGAUCCUCUCCACGCCGGCGGUAUCGGCCCUUAUCCGUCAGCUCAAGACGGACGGCGGGAUCCUCUUGACGGCGUCGCAUAACCCCGGUGGACCGGAGAACGACUUUGGCAUCAAGUUCAACACGGAUAAUGGCGGACCGGCGCCGGAGGAGGUGACCAACAGGAUCUACAAGAUCUCCGAGGGGAUCAAGGAGUACAAGCAGAUGGACCUUCCGGAUCUCGACAUCUCCAAAGUCGGCGAGUUCACCCACGGCCCCCUCGCCGUGUCCAUCAUCGACCCGGUCACCGAGUACAUCAAGCUCCUCAAGGAGAUCUUUGACUUUGACAUGAUCAAGGCCUGGCUGCACGAGACGAGCCCCAAGCCGACCGUCCUCUUUGACGCCCUCAACGGUGUCACUGGCCCCUACGGUCGCGCCAUUUUCGUCGAGGAGCUCGGUCUCGACGAAUCCUCCAUCCAAAAUUGCGUCCCCAUGCCGGACUUUGGCGGAUCCCACCCGGACCCGAACCUUACCUACGCCCACGACCUCGUCGCGCGCGUCGACAAGGAGAAGAUCCAGUUCGGCGCGGCGUCAGACGGCGAUGGCGACCGGAACAUGAUUUACGGGUACCACGCGUUCGUGACCCCCUCGGACUCGGUCGCUAUCAUUGCGGACUGGGCCGAGAAGGCCAUCCCGUACUUUAAGAAGGGAGGCGUCAAGGGAUUGGCGAGGUCGAUGCCUACGUCGGGCGCGAUUGACCUCGUCGCCAAGGAGAAGGGAUUGGAGGUGUUUGAGGUGCCGACCGGAUGGAAGUUCUUUGGGAACUUGAUGGAUGCGGGCAGGUUGAGCAUUUGCGGUGAGGAGAGUUUCGGGACGGGAAGUGACCAUAUUCGUGAGAAGGACGGUGUGUGGGCUGUCGUCGCGUGGAUGUCGAUUCUUGCCGCUGCCAACAAGGAGAAGGCUGGUCAGGGGAUCAACGACGUUCUCAUGGCGCACUGGAACAAGUACGGCCGGAGCUUCUUCUCCAGGUACGACUACGAGGAAUGCGAGUCUGAAGGCGCCGAAAAGAUGAUGUCCCACCUGCGCGACACCUUUGCCUCGUCCGGAUUCGUCGGCAAGUCCCUCAAGGCCACCACCUCCUCCACGUCAUUCACCGUCAAAGAGGCCGACGACUUUUCAUACACCGACCCCAUCGACGGUUCCGUCUCCAAGAACCAGGGGCUCUACAUCAAAUUCGAGGACGGCUCGCGCAUCAUCUUCCGGCUCUCGGGGACGGGAUCCAGCGGGGCGACGGUGCGUCUCUACGUGGAAAAGUAUAGCAAGGACGCGAGCGAGUAUGGGCACGAUGCGCAGGAUGGGCUCAAGCCGCUCAUUGAGGUCGCGUUGGCGACUAGCAAGUUGCAGGAGUUUACCGGGAGGGACAAGCCGGAUGUGAUUACGGUGAGUGCUGCUGCUUCGGGGAUGAGAUGA